AUGGCCCCCGGCGGGCGCCGGCGCGUGUUUGCCACCUUCGCCGCUGCGGCGAUCGCUCUGAUGCAGAUCAGUUUUCUAGUGUUUCCGAUCAGCGCACAGCAAUCCAAUGGCUCAAGGGUUGUACCAGCAGAAGGUUACUGUUCCAUGUACGGCAUUUGUGCGCAACGAAGUGAUGGGAAGGUCUUAAACUGUGCGAAUGCAACCAAAGCUGUUAAGGUGACAAUAUGA